AUGAAUGGUCAAGGUACAUUUGUAUUUUGUAAUGGUGAUAUGUAUAGUGGUGAAUGGAAGGAUGGAGUAGCUAAUGGUAAAGGACUCUAUACAUGGAAAGUAACAGAUGAUAGAUAUAUGGGUGAAUUUUUAAAUAUGAAAAGACAUGGUUCAGGUACAAUGUUAUUUCAGAAUGGACAUAAAUAUGAUGGUCUAUUUUAUAAUGAUUAUAGAUAUGGUCAUGGUGUUGAAACAUUUGCCAAUGGUAAUAGAUAUGAAGGUUAUUGGAUUAUGGAUAAAAGACAUGGUUAUGGUUUAGCAUAUAUUAAAUUUGAUAAUUUAGAUAAGAAAUUACAAAAAAAGAGAAAACAAUUAGUUAAAGGUCAAUCUUUUAAUGGUAGUAGUAAUAGUUCUAAUAAUUCUAAUUCUAAUAAUAGCAGUACAACUACUAAUAAUGGUAAUACUAUUAAUAAUUUAUAUAUUAAUAAUUUACAUUCAAUUGAUAAUUAUGUAAUAUAUUUACAAGAAUAUCAAAUUGGUAAAUUAUUAAAUGAAAAGGAAUUAUUUCCAACUGAUUAUAAUCAAUAUUUACCAUCAAAUCCAAAUCAAGAACAACAUUUAAAACCACCAAAAGAAUUAUUUAAUGAAGAAAUUAAUGAAAUUUUAUUUAAAAUUGAUGAAGAAAUUCAAUUACUUGUUGAAGAUUCAAAUGGUCAAUUAAAAUUAUCAAAUCAUCAUCAUGAUAAUCAUUCUAAUAAUAAUAAUAAUAAUGAUAAUAAUAAUACUAGUCCAUCUAUGGAUGAUAUAAAUGGUAAUAAUAAUACAAAUAUAGAAGAUGUAUCACCACUUUCUAGAAAUUCACAUUUAAGUGAAAUAGUUCAACCAAUUCUAUGUACAGAUAAUGUUUUUGUUCAGGGAGUUGUUUGUUGGGAAGAUAAAUAUUGGGAUAUGAUUCAACAAUUAUUUGUUCAACAAUAUACAUUUAAAUGUGAAUUAAAUCAUUCUAAAAAAUUAUUACAACAAUUAGAUCAAUUAACAUAUUUAGAACAACGUAGAAUGGAAAUUUUAGAAAAGAUUGAAAUGUGUAAUAAUGCAAAAACUAAAACUAAAUGGGAAAUGAAACGUGUUAUUGUUGAAGAAUUAAAUAGUGAAGCACCAAAUGAUUAUAGUGGUGUUGAUUUAUUCCAAGAUAGAUUAGAUGAAUUAAUUUCUGAAAUGAAAUUAGAAUUGACCGAAAUUUUACAAUUAAAAAAUAAUGCAAGUCAAGAAAGAGAUGAAAAGAAAAUUCAACAAACUUCACAACAAGUUUCAGAUAUUGAAAAAAAGAUUUUCAGAUUAGAAUCAGCUUUACAAACUGCAAAGAAUACUUCCAUUCAAAAUCCAAAAUUGAAACAAGUUAGAGAACAUGCUUUAUAUUCACAAUUAUUAGAAACUGUUGCAAUUCAUUUACAACGUUUAAGAGUUUUAUUACGUCGUUUAAUGUCAUUUAAAUAUGGUUUAGGUGCUGUUAUUUUCACUCCAAAUCAAUUGGAUAUUGUUAUUAAUAAUAAUAAUGGUGGUGCAAAUGAAGAAGAAUUGAACAAUACUAAGAAUUUAAUCAUGUUAGUUCAAGGCUUGUUUGAAUCUAAUAUUGUACGUUCAAGAGAUCAAAUUGCUCAACACUUAAAGAUUGCUGGUAUUGAUGCUGAUAACAUUUUGAAACGUACCAGAUCUAUCAGUGAUGAUUUACAAAAACAAUAA